AUGAGGCCAAGUUCUUACCCAAUAGAUAAUAUAGUAGAAAAACUUGAUGUGUCUUCAAAAUCAAUGCCAAUUGUUCAACCAUGGCACCAAAUUGGAAGCUGCCCAGAAGGAACCGUCCCGAUAAGAAGAAUAAGAGAAGAAGACAUAUUGAGGGCAAGCUCUAUCCAACAAUUUGGGAAGAAGAAUCUUAAAACUGUCCCUCCUCGCUCAUAUGUUAAAGGUCAAGGUAUCCAUGGCCAGGAGUAUGCCUCGGUAUAUGUACAAGGAGAGAGAUAUUAUGGAGCCAAGGCAAUGAUAAACACAUGGAAUCCUAAUGUUCAGUUUGGCGAAUUUAGUACCUCUCAAAUUUGGCUUAUGAAUGAUGAUGAUGUCGUGAAUACAAAUACCAUAGAAGCUGGCUGGCAGGUGAAUCCGCAACUAUAUGGGGAUAGCACGACCAGACUUUUAACUUAUUGGACUAGUGACUCCAAUAAAAAUACUGGAUGCUAUGAUCUGCUAUGUUCUGGAUUUGUUCAACUUGAUGCUGGAGUAGCCGUUGGAGGACGCAUCACACCGUUAUCUAAAUAUGGUAAUGAUCAUGCUCAAGCUGCUAUGACGAUCUCCAUCUGGAAGGAUGUAAGAAACGAAGUUUGGUGGAUGCAAUAUAAUGGUUCUAAUAGAGUUAUGGGAUAUUGGCCUUCAUGUUUGUUCUCUACACUCUCUUACAAUGCAUCAGCAGUAGAGUGGGGAGGUGAAGUCAUAAACUCAAAACCUAAUGGACUACAUACUUCUACACAAAUGGGAAGUGGCCAUUUCUCUACAGAAGGCUUUACAAAAGCGAGCUUCUUUGCCAACAUAAAAGUUGGUAAUAACAAAAACCAAUUGGUGCCUCCUAAUAGCAUUGUCAAAAGCAUUGAUAGUCCCAAAUGCUAUGACAUCCUAACUGACAUUUCUCAUGAUCAUGAUUGGGGCACUUACUUCUUUUUUGGAGGUCCUGGCAGAAGCCCUAAUUGUCCAUGAUCAUUACACUUGAAUGCUCGGAGAUGUUACAUAUUAUGUAUUUUGCUUAUGAUUUUGUGUAUUUUCACUUUUGUGGAGAUAUCAUUGAAUCAAAUGUGAUA